GUUCCCCUCGCGCUCCGCCGGGACUCCGGACGCGCGCUCCCUGCCCCGGCCGCCCAAAACUCCGGCUCAGCCCGCGCCCGCCUCGCGCCCGCUCGCGCGCUCACACCCACACGCGCGCGCUCACACUCACACACUCGUGCCCUCGCACCCCCACGCGCUCCCGCUCGGCCUCACACUCCCACUCCUGUCCGCUUCCCUGCGGCCGCGCAGGCACCGCGGGCGAGGGCGCCGAGGGGAUCCACGGCCUUUCCCAUGGCUGACCUGAGCUUCAUCGAAGAUUCCGUCGCCUUCCCGGAGAAGGAAGAGGAUGAAGAGGAAGAGGAGGAGGGGGUGGAGUGGGGCUACGAAGAAGGUGUUGAGUGGGGCUUGGUGUUUCCUGAUGCUAAUGGGGAAUACCAGUCUCCCAUUAACUUAAACUCAAGAGAAGCUAGAUAUGACCCCUCACUGCUGGAUGUCCGCCUCUCCCCAAAUUAUGUGGUCUGCCGAGACUGCGAAGUCACCAAUGACGGACAUACCAUUCAGGUUAUCCUGAAGUCAAAAUCAGUUCUGUCAGGAGGUCCAUUGCCUCAAGGGCAUGAAUUUGAACUGUAUGAAGUUAGAUUUCAUUGGGGGAGAGAAAACCAGCGUGGUUCUGAGCACACAGUUAAUUUCAAAGCUUUUCCCAUGGAGCUCCAUCUGAUCCACUGGAACUCCACCCUGUUUGGCAGUAUUGAUGAGGCCGUGGGGAAGCCACAUGGCAUUGCCAUCAUUGCUUUGUUUGUUCAGAUAGGAAAAGAGCACGUAGGCUUGAAGGCUGUGACUGAAAUCCUCCAGGAUAUCCAGUACAAGGGGAAGUCCAAAACAAUACCCUGCUUCAAUCCUAACACUUUAUUACCAGAUCCUUUGCUGCGGGAUUAUUGGGUGUAUGAAGGCUCUCUUACCAUUCCACCUUGCAGCGAAGGUGUUACCUGGAUAUUAUUCCGAUACCCUUUAACUAUAUCUCAGCUGCAGAUUGAAGAAUUUCGCAGGCUGAGGACACAUGUGAAGGGGGCAGAGCUCGUGGAAGGCUGUGAUGGGGUUUUGGGAGACAAUUUUAGACCCACUCAGCCACUUAGUGACAGAGUCAUUAGAGCCGCAUUUCAGUAGCCAGAGAGAAUGGGAACAAGACGGCCUUCAUCUGGGAGGAAGACAAUGAUCCUAUAGUGCCCUUCGAUGAGAAACGGAAACUUUUGAGCUGCAGCUACAGUUUAUCCUCAAAGCCUGCAUUGUUUGUCUUCAUCCAACCCAGCUUUGAUGGACAUCUGUGACAGUUGCCUCUACACAUGCUCUAAUGAAAUAUUAGAAAUGGCUGUGCCUUCAAAAGAAACCCAAUAUUCUAUAUCCACACCACUGCUGCUAGGAUUCAGAUUUUUGCACAUACUGUUUAUUGCUUAUGUGUAGACGAAAUGAAACUAGUUUUCAGAGUUGUUAUUAAUAUGAAUAUAUAUCAUGUAUUAAUACUGAGACAGGAAAAAUACACUCCCAGUGUUAGCGAUCCUUCAUUUCCUGUCUCCGAGAGAAAAUUCACUCAUUCAGAGAAUAAUGUAAUUCUUGAUAAUAAAUAAGAGUUUUGAUCAGGAACAGCAUAUGCUUGAAAAUGGAAUGUGAAGGAUUAGUGAAAGUCAUAUCUCAUGUUGUUUUUCAGCCCUCAUGCCACAAUUAAUGUCAGGCUGGUUAUUAUGCAAAACAAUUUGGGAGUUAAUGCAAGAACAAAGUCACCUUAUAUAUUUCUCAAAGGAUCAAAUUGAAUGUAUGAAUCUAAUUGUAUUUAUUUGACAUAUUAGAAGCUCUGGUUUCCAGGAGUUUGAGAAAGGCAUAAAAAGGAUAAAAAGUAAGUGGGUACAACAUACCAGAAAAUAGCUUUAUUUUCCAUGAUAGAAACAUAAAUUUAAUAGUAUCCUAUAAUAACUUAGUGUUGUACAUUUUGUAAGACCUUAAAAUAUUUUAUUCUAUGGACUUUAGUAUGUUGAGACAUUGCUUUCCAAGAUAAUCAACAAUAUCUUUAUUUUAAUUAAAUUUUAAGUGCUACUGGCAAAUGUAAGCAUAUGCUUAGAAGCAGUUAGAUGUGACGGAAUGAGAUAAUUUAUGUAAAGCAGUAGAGUGCCUGGCACAAAGCAAGUACUUAAUAAAUGUUAUUUGUUGUUAUAAUUAUUGUAAAACCAAAGACUUCAUAGUCCUAAUUUGGAGGGAUUUGGGGAUGCACAAUGUCCAAGUUAGAAAUCAUACAGGUGCAAGCAGUAUGUGUUGGGUAGAUUUUAGAUGUGUUGGGUAGAGGCUGUAAUAACAAAAGCAUUAAAUACAAAUAAAAAUCACACCGAGUAUCCCUGAAAACGGCAGCAAAGGAAGAUCCUGGUAGAACCUUGGGCAGGGGGAGAAAGGAUGGGCGUUGCAGCAGAGUGAGGAAAAGCGUGGGGGCUUGUGAAGGUUUGGGGUCUGCCCUGAACCUGCACCACAGGAGGGCAGCAUCGGGCAGAGCCUCUGAGAAGUGGAGAGAAGCCCUGGAUUCUUCCUUUCUGUAUGUAGUUCUCAUAUGCAAAAAUGAAGAAAUGGCAAAGCAUGGUUGCAAAGACUGUAGCAUAUUUAAAGACUUCUCUCUCUUCGACUAAAACAUGCCACACACGCUGAACAUGGGUCGUAGGUGUUGCCUCAUUAGUAGUUGACAUCUAAAGAUGACCUCCAAAGAUUUCAUUUUCUUGUGGAUGAGAAGCCAGUCAAAAGGCGCCCUGGAACUCCUUUGGUAGAGCCUGUGUUUGGGGCCUAAAAGCAGGGUGCAGGUACCCAGCCUCUGCCCUGAUGCACUUGGUACUGAGCAGCUAGGGGAUCAUCUUGGACUUAACUUCUGCUGCUUCCUGUAGUCUCCUAUCAUCUGUCCCUGAAAAACACAAAAUAAACAUAACAAUUCAAAUGACCCGUAGGGGAAUAUCUAGUUGCCCAUAUUUCUCCCUCCAAUGUUUUUUAACUGAAGCAAUCAAAUUUAUUUACCAUCUAUGUUUUGAGUCAAAAGGCUGACAUGAACUACUUGGUUUCAGCUUGUGGUAGCCAUUGGCAAGGUUGUGUGGAGGCUUACUAAUCUUUAAUAUAGGAAACCCCUUCUUCCUUCCACACUUCGGUACCUCAGACUCAGAAUAUGAAUGCUGGUGAGCGUAUGCUUGUGUAGGAAUGAAUUUGAAAGUGUAAUUUGUAAACACAAGUGCAAAUAACUGAUCUCAAAUCUAUCCUGCUUUGAUGGUGUUGUGGGAAAGAAAGGUAUGUAAUGGGCCCUGAAGUUGAGGAAGGAGCCUCUCAAAGCAAAAGUGUGUGUGUGUUGGGGUGUAGGGGGAAGUUAACUUGAGAUAAAUGACAAAUUUCACGGAUCUUGAAAUGUAAUUUAGGGUGGAUUUGUUUACCUAACAGGAAAAAAAAAAGCAACAAGCUGAGGUGCUUUUUCACAUAGCUUACGCAUCUGAAAGUGUCUCUGAUUCAUGAUGAUUAAUGUACCUGAUGAUGUAUAAAGUAAUAAUUGUCCUCAGAAGUUUUGUCAAUUAAGAUAAUUUGAGUCUUUUUUAUUGUUGGUCAGUUGAGCUAAAGGCUUGCCAAUAUUGUCGCUUUUUCAAAAAACUAGCAUUUGGUUUUGUUGGUUGUCUCUACUGUGUUUCUAUUCUCUAUUUCAUUAAGUUCUUCUCUAACCUUUAUUAUUUCCUUUCUGCUCGCUUUGGGUUUGGUUUGUGAUUUUUCUAAUGUCUUGAGGUGGAAGAUUAGGUUAUUGGUUUGAGAUCUUUUUUUUUAAAUAAAGCCAUUUACAGUUAUAAAAUUUUCUCUAAGCAUUGCUUUCUGCUGCAUCUUACAAGUUUUGUUUGCUAUGUGUUUGCUUUCUUUAUCUCAAAAUAUUUUCUAAUUUGCCUUGUGAUUUCUUCUUUUACUUAAUGAUUAUUUAGGUGUGUGUUGGUUAAUUCCCACAUAUUUAUGAAUUCCCAAAUUUCUGUUAUUGAUAUAUAAUUUCCCUCCAUUGUGGUCAGAGGACUAACUCUGCAUGUUUUCAAGCCUUUCAAAUCUUUUGAGGCUUGUUUUAUGGCCUAGCAUGUGGUUUAUCCUGGAGAUGGUUCUAUGUGCACUUGAGAAGAAUGUGUAUUCUGCUGUUGUUGAUGUGUUCUGUAGAUGUCUAUUAGGUCUGGUUGGUUUAUGAUGUGGUUCACGUAUUCUAUUUUGUUGAUCUUCCUAUUUCUAUUAUUGAAAAUAGGCUAUUGAUGGCUCCAACUAUUAUUUUUGAAUUAUCUAUUUUUCAUUUCAUUUCUGUCAGCUUUUUCUUCAGGCAUUUUGGGCUCUAUUGCUAGGUGCAUAUAUGUAUAAUUUUCAUAUCUUUGUGAGGGAGUUCUCCUUAUAUUAUUAUAAAAUGUCCUUCUUUAUCUCUAGAAAUCUGUUUUGUUUAAAAAAAGUACCUUGUAAGAUAUUAGUAUAGCUAUUGCAGCUUUCUUAUGGUUGCUAUUUGCAACCAUAUAAUACUGUCUUUUCCAUUCUUUCACUUUCAGUGUAUUUGUAUUUUUGAAUCUAAAGUGUGUCUCCUGUAGACAACUUAAAGUUGGAUCUUGUUUUUUCAUCCAGCCUGACAAUCUCUCUGACUUUUGAUUGGAUUGUUUAACCCAUUCACGUUUAGUGUUGCUGUUGAUAUAGUUGGAUUUGUGUCUGCCACUUUACUUUCUGUUUCCUACAUGUCUCAUAUCUUUGUUGUUCUUCUGACCCUCCUU